GAUUAUUAUUUAGAAUGCGCGUGAUUAUAUUUUGUUUAUGAGGCGGACGAUGGCGCUGAGUCGAGCGAGCAAGCUAAGCGAGAGCGGUUGUAAGACGCGAGAGAGUUUGCUUCCGAGUGCUAAUUUUUUCUGUUAACUUCGCUUCCAUUCGUGCAUACUUGUAUUGCUAAUUAACAUAUAUCAAAUACAUUACUGAUUAUUAUUAAUAACGAAAUAAUCAUUAAUAGAAACCUACAAUUUGGGGACUCAGCCGGGAUACGAGUAGUAGCACGUGCGGAAUCGAUGUGUGAAGACGAACAGUGCGUAAUAAGACGAAUACACAAGACGAGACGAACACGUGAAGACGAACAGUGCGUGGUAAGACGAAGUAUACGAGACAAGACGAGACAAACACGUAAGGACGAACAGUGUGUGUAGACAAAGUAUACGAGUUGAGACAAAGCGAACACACGAAGACGAACAACGCGUAAAGACGAACAGUGUGUGAUAAGACAGAACGAGUAUACAAGGCCAAAUAAAGAGUAGCCCAGGGAAUAAAGGUGUGUGUGAACUAUUAGUGCGAAUAGCGUGUGAAAAUCACGUGGCGGGCAUAGCCACCGGCAUGAAGUAAGAUAUAAGGAGACUCCACUCAUGCUAGCCAGCCCGCGGAAAAUGAGUCAAGUUUGCAUCGAAAGUUAAAGUUCCGAUUUUCGCCACUCGCAGCGCUUGUAAACUAUUAAGUGUGUGCAUAAAGUGCGUCGCAGCAAGAAGAAAGACAUAUAUGUGAGAAUAAUAUCUUCCUUUCUGACAAAUAUACGCGAAUUUAUUUUGCAAUGCCAUUCUGUUGUAUUGUGCCUGAUUGCAAAACUGGGUAUAUUAAGAGCGUGUAUCAAAAUAAAAUCAAGAAGAAGCUGAGUUUGUUCAGACCACGUACAGAUGAUAUGUUACUGAAGUGGCGGCAGGUAAUCUGUCGUCCUGAAACAAAACCAUUAUUAAAAUCCCAUGGCGUUCGUGAAUUACAUUUUAAAGAAGAGGACAUUGAGAGAUACUAUGUUACUAGGUUGAGUAAUGGAAGUAUUUUUAGAAUGCUAAAAGACGUGGCAACCGGAAAUACGGCCAUUAAAAGCAUCGAUUAUCGAUCGAUUCCUACUUUAUCAAGCGGAUUUAUCGACCGACCAUGGAGAGUUUUCGGAAACGAAGGUGAUAAGGGUAAUCGAAAAAGACUGUUGGAAUUUCGAGGAUUUGAAUUUUCAGCCGAUACAGACGAACUUUCAGUUAAAAUGAGACAGGUAUCUCAGCAAUUAGGUGUUGGUGACCUGGUGUCCAUCUGCAAUAUAUUAGCUAUGGAUUAUACGAGCACAAAACAAGAAGUAAUAAAUCGUAUUUGCAGCGGCCUGAUGGAUUUAAGCCAGCUAGCAUGCGAUGCAGAAGAAGAGGAGUUCGAGCACGACGACGAGGAAGACGAUAGAAGCGAAGGACAGAACGAUGACAGGAGUGAGAAGCAGGAUGAUAUAGACCAUUCAAUCAAACAAGAAAGAAAAGGACAAGUGAUGCAACAACAAGUGGUGCUGCAACCACAACAUUUUUCUUUGAGCUACAAAGACGUGGAAAAUGUUAUUCGUACAUUUGACGAUACUGAUGCCUAUCCGGUGGAGCGCUGAAUUAGUGACUUUGAAGACGCCGCCGUCUUAUUUGGCUGGAGUGAAAUAUAAAAAUUAGUAUUUGCUAAGUGAACGUUGACUGGUCUCGCCAAGUUAUUCCAAGGUGAGCGUGGUUUAUAUACGUGGAAUCAAUUGAAAGAGGCUUUGUUUCAGGAAUUUGCCACUAAAGUUAACAGUGCUCAGUUGCACGAGGUAUUAGCAACUCGCAAGAAGAAGAAGGACGAAUCAAUACAAGAAUAUUAUCUUGCGAUGAAGGAAUUGGCUGCUAAAGGAAGUAUCGAAGCUGAUGCGUUAAUGAAAUACGUUGUUGAUGGUAUCACAGACGACCUCAAUCAUAAGCUGAUACUAUCUGGUGCUAAGACGCUGACGAAUUUAAGGAGAAACUACGAGUGUACGACGACACGCAAAAGAGGACGGGAAAGCGGAAUCCACUGUACAACUCGCAUAAAAACAGUAGGAACAAAGGAGCUGAAUCUACUGGGGCAACAAGUACACAGUAAAAGACUGAAAACCGAAAGAAGACCGAGGCGUCGAAUAAGUCAAGCGUUUUGCGUUGUUUUAAUUGCGGUGAAAGCGGUCACAAAUCUAAAGACUGCGAAUCUAAAUCGUUAGGUACCAAAUGCUUCAAGUGCAAUCAAUUUGGACAUGUGGCGAUAAAUUGUAAUAAGAGACGAGGCAAUAAUAGCAAUAAGCCGACAAUAGCCACCCCAACUAAAAAUGUAAAUAAUAUUGUAAAUCUUACGGGAAAUAGAGUCUAUAAAUUAGUCAAAGUAAAGGGAGUAAGCGUAAGUGCUUUAAUAGAUUCAGGAUGUGAAGUUAAUCUGUUCCGCGAAGAUGUAUAUAAGCAGAUAGGAUUGCCGACAUUAAAAACGACACAAAUUUCUUUGAGAGGUUUUGGGAAUGACGAAGUGUUUUCUUUAGGCUGUUUUGAGACGGUUAUAGAGAUAGAUAACGAGGAACUUAAGCUAGACGUACAUGUAGUGCCAAGUAACGCGAUGCCGAUGGUAAUGAUCAUAGGUAAUAAUAUCCUAGAGCAGGCUGAACUGACAUUAAAGAAAGACGGAGUAACUGUUUCGAAAAUUUCACGAGAUGUUUUUCUGGGUCAAAUUAAAGUAACGGCUGAUUCUGAAGUCGAUCUUAGUCAUAUCACUGAUAAAUCUAUACAAUCAGAAGUUACGAGAUUAGUGACGUCUUACAAUCCGAGAAAAACUAAAGAUACUGACGUGACGAUGACGAUAGUUGUCAAGAAGGAGCGACCCGUUUAUAUUCGACCUCGCAGACUGCCUCCAUCCAAGCGUGAAAUUGUAGAAAAGCAAAUCAAAGAAUGGCUUAAAGACGGUAUUAUAGCAUCAUGCUCGUUUGAGUACGCGUUUGAGUCCUGUAUUAGUCGUAAGAAAGAAAGAUGGAAGUCCAAGAGUGUGUGUUGAUUAUAGAAAAGUUAACGAGAUAAUAAUUAAGGAUAGAUACUUUUUACCUUUAAUUGAGGAUCAGCUCGAUCGAUUAAAAGAUGCUAGGGUCUUUACUACUCUAAAUCUGCGAAAUGGAUUCUUUCACGUAGCGGUUAAUGAAGAAAGUUGAAAAUACACCGCCUUUGUGACGCAUAGCGGACAGUAUUGUUUCCUAAAAGUACCGUUUGGAUUAUGUAACUCUCCGGUGGUUUUCCAACGGUUCGUAAAUCAUAUUUUUCGUCCAUUAAUUAACGCGGGAUUAGUACUUACCUAUUUAGACGACUUAAUUAUUCCCAGAAAUAAUGAAAAACACGGAUUAGAGAGAUUGAUAUCUGUACUUCAAGUUGCGAGCAAGCAUGGAUUAGAAAUUAACCUUAAGAAAUGCCAGUUUAUACAUAAACGCGUCGAAUUAUCCAUCUCCGGACAAAACAAUAGCUGUGAAACGUUAUUACGUCCGAUGCCGCGUUCAUUAAAAGAUGUCAGAAGUUUCCUAGGCCUGACCGGAUACUUCCGAAAGUUCAUACCACAUUAUUCCACGAUUGCUAAGCCGUUAAGUGACAUGCUCAGAAAAGACGAAAAAUUCGUAUUCGAUGAAGCACAAGUGCGCGCAUAUGAACUGUUAAAACGUUCUCUAACCGAAGACACGGUGUUAAAAAUCUAUCGACCAGAGGACGAGAAGUACACACUGAUGCUAGUCAAGACGGAUACGGUGCAGUGUUACUGCAGCGCUCUGGUGAUGAUAGACAGAUGCAUCCAGUUUACUACACUAGUCGGAAGACAACACCAGCCGAACGAAAGUACACCAGUUAUGAGUUGGAGGUCUUGGCUAUAGUGGAGGCCUUAAAGAAAUUUAGAACGUACCUCUUGGGUAUCAAAUUUAAAGUAGUGACUGACUGCUCCGCUUUUCAGAAGACGCUUAAUAAAAAAGACUUGGUGACGCGAGUGGCUAGGUGGGCACUCCUACUAGAGGAAUAUGAUUUGACGGUGGAACACAAAUCCGGCGCGAGAAUGAAACAUGUAAACACGCUUUAAGCCGAUACCCCGUCAUGUGCAUUAUCGACAGCGGUAUAAUCUCUAGAAUUGCAAAAGCUCAAGAAGAGGACAAUGAAAUCAAGCUUAUUAUAGAAAUAUUGAAAGAUCGCAAAUACAAAGACUAUUUUAUGCGAAUGGAAUACUUUACAAUUUUAGAGAAGGACGAGAACUACUGGUCGUACCACGGACAAUGCAGCAAGAAAUAAUUCGAAACUCCCACGAGAGAGGACAUUUUGCCGUAAAGAAGAUCGAAGAACUGAUUCUACGCAACUAUUAUAUGCAAGAGUUAACAAAAAAGGUAGAAAGAGUUAUCGCGAACUGUGUUCAAUGCAUAUUAUUCAAUAAAAAACAAGGAAGACAGGAAGGAUUUCUACAUCCUAUAGAAAAGGACUCUAUACCACUAUAUACUUACCAUGUGGAUCAUCUAGGGCCUUUAGAGACGACUAAUAAAAACUACAAUCACAUUUUUGCAGUCAUAGACAGUUUCACUAAAUUUGUUUGGCUGUACCCUGUGAAAUCUACUACUUCAAAGGAGGUCAUAAGCAAGCUGGAAUUACAGAAGUCCGUUUUCGGGAAUCCGAUGCAAAUAAUUUCAGAUAAAGGCACGGUCUUUACUUCCAAUGAAUAUUAAGAGUACUGCAAGAAUGAAGGGAUAAGAUCUUUGUGUAUCACUACCGGACUGCCUAGAGCUAAUGGGCAGAUAGAAAGACUCAACCGCACGAUCAUAUCGGUAAUUAGUAAGCUAGCGAUAGAAGAUCCGUCAAAAUGAUACAAGCACGUGAGUCGGGUCCAGCAGAUUCUGAACGCCACGUAUCAUUGAAGCACAAAUACAACGCCUUUCGAACUGAUGUUCGGUAUUAAAAUGCGCGAUAAAGCAGAUCUGGAAUUGAAGAACCUGAUUGAGGAAGAGUUUAGGGAACAGUUCGAGUCCAAUCGUAAAAAUUUACGACAAUCGGCAAAAGAGCAGAUCAAGAAAGUACAGUUAGAAAAUCGAAAAACUUAUAAUUUACGUCGACGCAAACCUACACUGUAUAAAUUAGGCGACCUAGUGGCGAUCAAAAAGACUCAGUUUGGUUCAGGAUUAAAGUUAAAGGGAAAAUUUGCGGGUCCCUAUAAGAUAACAAAGGUAAAAUUAAAUGAUACCUACGAUGUAGAAAGAGUAGGAGGAAAUGCAGGUCUUUUACGUACCAUCACCUGCGCUGAAUACAUGAAAUCAUGGAUUAAUUCUAGUUCGUUGUCCGGGUCGGACACCGAGUCGGAUGGCCGAGUGUAGGAUUCGGAAGGCGCGUUACAUUUUUUUUUGUUGCCGCUCAAAAGAUUAUUAUUUAGAAUGCGCGUGAUUAUAUUUUGUUUAUGAGGCGGACGAUGGCGCUGAGUCGAGCGAGCAAGCUAAGCGAGAGCGGUUGUAAGACGCGAGAGAGUUUGCUUCCGAGUGCUAAUUUUUUCUGUUAACUUCGUUUCCAUUCGUGCAUACUUGUAUUGCUAAUCAACAUAUAUCAAAUACAUUACUGAUUAUUAUUAAUAACGAGAUAAUCAUUAAUAGAAACCUAUAUUAGUGAUAAAACUGGGAAAAUUUAUCCUAAAAGUCACCCAAUUUGGACAACUAUUUGUAAUACAUGGAAUAAUCGCAUGAAAGCAGUAAAUCUUUAUUUUUACGU